UUGCAAGGUGUAGUCGUGGCUAUAACCAAAAUAUUAACUCCAAAGAGGUAUCAAAAUCAUGAGAACUUUGGAGAUGGAUCAUCUAAAGAAUAUGAGAGAAUAUUUUAGGAGUGGUAUAACAAAGGAAGCAUCUUGGAGAGAAUCACAACUAAAAGGGUUGCGUCGUUUCCUAGUGGAAAAAGAGAAUGAUAUCUUCAUGGCCCUCAUGCAAGAUUUAGGGAAACACCGUCUUGAAGCUUUUAGAGAUGAGAUAGGAACGUUAGUGAAGACCUUAAAUCUUGCAUUAAAGUGUCUGAAAGAUUGGAUGUCAAGCAAGAAGGCUCCACUGCCUGCAAUAGCAUUGCUUUCAAGUGCAGAAAUUGUUCAUGAGCCUUUGGGUCUCGUCCUCAUUAUUUCAUCUUGGAAUUUGCCCUUUGGAGUGUCUUUGGAGCCACUGAUAGGAGCUAUAGCUGCUGGAAAUGCAGCAGUGUUAAAACCUUCAGAGUUGUCUCCUGCAUGUUCUUCUCUACUUGCUUCUGGCAUUGCCACUUACUUGGACAAUAAAGCCAUUAAGGUUAUCCAAGGGGGACCACAGGAAUCCGACCAAUUAUUACGUCAAAAAUGGGACAAAAUCUUCUUUACAGGUAGUGCACGAGUGGGGAGCAUUGUGAUGUCAGCAGCUGCGAAGCACCUGACCCCUGUAACACUGGAGUUGGGUGGAAAAUGCCCUGCUGUUGUGGACUCACUUUCAUCUUCUUGGGAUUUAGAGGUGGCUGUGAAGCGGAUUCUUGUGGGAAAAUACGGAACUUGUGCCGGUCAAGCAUGCAUAGCAAUUGACUAUGUCAUUGUGGAAAAGAGAUGCUGUUCAAAAUUGGUGGAAUUGAUGAAGGUGUGGAUCAAGAAAAUGUUUGGAGACAACCCACAACAUUCCAACACUAUAGCAAGGAUAGUUAAUAAACAACACUUAACUAGAUUAAUGAAACUUCUUGAUGAUCAAAAGGUUCAAGAAUCUGUGGUUUAUGGUGGCUCAAUUGACGAAGAAAACUUAUUUAUUGAGCCAACAAUCUUGGUGGAUCCCCCACUUGAUGCAGCAAUAAUGUUAGAUGAAGUUUUUGGCCCAUUACUUCCAAUUAUUACUGUGGAUAAGAUUGAGGACAGUAUUGAAUUCAUAAGCUCUAGGCCUAAGCCUCUUGCCCUUUAUGUUUUCACCAAAAACAAAACACUGCAGAACAGAAUGAUAUCUGAAACAUCAUCAGGCAGUGUUACUUUCAAUGAUGCAAUUCUGCAAUAUGCAGCAGAUAGUCUACCAUUUGGAGGAGUAGGUGGAAGUGGAUUUGGCAUGUACCAUGGGAAAUUCUCCUUUGACACAUUCAGUCACCAAAAAGCAAUUGUUAGAAGAAGUUUCUUAACUGAUUUUUGGUAUAGAUAUCCACCAUGGACAGCAAAUAAGUUUCAACUACUUGAGGUCUCUUACAAUUAUGAUUAUUUGGGAUUGGUCCUUGUUAUUCUUGGAUUAAAGAGACCAUCAAAACGCCAGAUCAUACCUUGUUAAUCAGCUGUUAGUAUUAUUAUAUAUCUUAAAAUCUUAAUAUUUAUGUUAUAGAUUUGGUGUUCUGUGUGCAACUAUGCAGACUAAUUAUGUGUUUAACUUGAUUUAUCCUUUAUAUAAUAAGAAAUUUUAGAGAUUUUAUACUA